GUUACGCUUUGUCUGGGCGGGAUUGCUAAAUUAUUUUGAUGUUUACGUAGAGGAAUGUUGCCGGUUUUAUGAAAGUAUUCAUUUAAUUCACACAUCAAGAAUGGGAGAAGUGGACAACGCUCAAAUAAUUGCAAUUCCAGAUGAUCUCUGCAGAAGGGCUGGAAUCUCUGCUACUUGGCUUAGGCCGAAUAAACUUGGUAUUCAUGCAUAUAGGCAUAUUGAUGUCAAUUCCCAAGAUACUCCAAGUAGCUACAGUCCAUGUACUGCAAAAGUCCAUUUUUUAAGACAAGAGGUAAUUCUGUUUUCACCUGCUCUGCGCAAGCUCGUCAAUGAAAGUAAUGGAGUCUUCUUGUCCAUUCAAAAACUUAAAUCCUCAGCUUCUGUGGACUUGAGAGUUGAACUUUUAAAGCACAGCAAACAGUAUCGAUCUAUUUUAAGGGCAUGCGUGGAAGGAUUGCAAGACAUAUCGGAAAAGUCCCUACCAGAUAAAAAAUCCAUGUUGGAACACUACAUGACAAUCUUUUAUAAUGUUGAAUGUGUAUGGCAUUUAACAGAGAUACUCUACGUUGACACAAUUCCAGGUGAUGUUGUUCUACCACAAUUGCUGGAAUGGGUUAGAUUUCACUUUCCUUCGCGUGAAUUGGCAGCAAUAAAAAUUCUAGCAAAGAAAGCAAUAGGUUCUGAUUUGGAAAAUAUGAACUACUGGGAAACUGUGAUAGGCUGUGCACUUCACGGUAAACUGGAUAUGGUACGCGCUCUUCUUGCAUUGCACAGUAAAGCAGAUCAGUCUGCUUUCAUUGCUGCGGAGAAUGCUUUAAAAUUAAUGCCUGUGUAUAACGUAUAUGGUGGCUAUUCGGUUAAUGAAUUUAUCAUGCGGUGGAAGCACUGGCAAUUGGACCUUUCAUCACGUCUUGAAAGCAGAGCAUUUGCUGGUGAUAGCGAUUUAGAAGCUAUGAUGAAAAUGGUGGUUGGAGAAGAGUCUGCUAUAUGGGACUUCUCAAAAUACACAGAUGCGUGGUACGAACUUCUUGCAGCAAAAUUAUUCUAUUCCAGCCCUUGCUGCAAGCAGCCUGAGCUUGCUCGCCAUGCGAACAACAUUGCAGAAAAGUGGCAAGCAGGAAGACAUUUGGAUCACGUAAUUUUAGCUCUUAUGGAGAGCGAUUUACAUCAAGUUAUUAAAGAAAUCCAAUACAUGAAUGACAAUGGCUGGUUUGCUGCCCAUCUGACCGACUUGCUCUAUCACUGUGGAAAGCUGAAUGUGAUUGAUAAAAAUCAAAUUAAUGUUACGCAACAGUUACAUGAGUCCCUUAUACUAGAUUAUGGUAGCAUUCUGAUGUCCCAUCAUUCUCUCUGGCAGUGUGGUGCCAGUUAUCUAGUUCAAUGUCCUCGGCAAGGUCUAGGCAGGUUGGAAUUAUUACUACAGACUCUUCCAUUAACUACCGAGGCUCGAAUUAAAAAGAUCAUUGACAUUGCCAAAGAAAACGGCAUGAACAACGUUGUUGUCAGUAUAUGCAAAAUUCAGGGAAUGAAAUGUAUUCGUCAAGGCAGGCUGGGAAGUGCGUUGGCCUGGGCUUUAAAAGCACAGGAUAGUGCAUUCGCGACAUACAUUGCCGAUCAAUUUCUGAAACAAUACGCGGAACAAGCCGAGCUGAAGUGUCGCGAUUUACUCGAGAACCUGGGAAGCUGUAUGCUGGUCAGUGAUCGACUUACUUUCUUAGGGAAGUACUGUGAGUUCCACCAGAUGUAUGGAAUCGGUGAAUUUAAGGAAGCAGCAAGUUUAUUAAUGUCUCUUCUGAAGUCUAACUUGACGCCUUCCUACUUUUGGUCUAUUCUGUUGACCGAUGCCAUACCGCUACUGGAAGCUGAAGACAUUAUAUUAACUUCCGAAGAUACCUUCGAGCUGCUUCGUUCCGUUGAAGAGCAUGGCGACGACUCGAAAUUCCAAAAUAAAAUUGGAAUCUUUUGUUUAGCCGCUGCGCGAAAUUUAGCGAGAGCUCUUAAUCUUGAAGGAUGUCAAGGGAAACCUUGAUGACUGUAAAUAAAGUAAGGAACGCGGUUUUGUAUCUAUUUCGGAAUUAAAUUUAUAAGCAAAGUAA